AUGUCAGAAAGGAAAUGUUAUGCUUUGUAUCUCUUUUUUACCUCAGGUAGAGAUGUAAUUCUCAGAAGUUAUGAAGAAUAUUAUCAAUAUGAUUUUGAUUUACCACUCAUUAGAAUGUGGGAUACCGUUUAUGGAUACCCAUACAUUUAUGAGGAUGAUAAGGAUGCGGUGGUCAGAUUGACGAAAGAUCAAUUUGAUAUAGAACUCAAUUUACAAGAAAUUGAACAUUUAUUUGACGAUGUUAUGAAUAACAAAUUUUAUAUUUGCAAUACUCGAAAAUUUAAUGCCGAUGGAAUAAGAUAUCAGAGGAUCACAUCCCAGAAUCACUUGGAGUUUGAAGAUAACGUUGAUUUUUACGUACAUUCCGCAUUAGGGGGAGAAAUAUUUAAAAGAUUAAAUAAAAGAGAGAUGGAGAAACAUAAUCGUAAAUUAAGACGGAUGGGAAUUGAUCGUAGUCUUAUUCUUGAUGAUAAGAAUAGAUGCUUCAAGCACCAGGACGAGGUACACCCGUCGGGUCCCUUCCACCGCUCGCGAAAGGAAUUUGAGAAUAAAAUAUAUUCGAUCUUGAAUAAGGAUUCGAGAUUUAAGGUUAAUCUCACAAGAAGUGUUCAGGGUGAUGGAGGGGUUGAUUUAAUUUUGUUCUAUCAAGAUAUGGUUGUUUUUAUUCAAUGUAAGAAUCUUGCAUCGAAGGUUGGUGUGAAUCACGUAAAGGAAUUUAUCACAACACUUGAAACAAACAAAAAUGAUAAAAAAUUAGGUUUAUUAAUAUCAACCAAUGGCUUUACGAAGCCCUGCUAUGAUUAUGAAUUGGAAAAUCAUGAUCUAAUUCUUUUAGCCGAAAAUGAUAAUAUAUCGAGAUGUAUUAUAUCUCAUUAUCAGAGAUAUAACUUAUAUGAUAAAAAGAAGGAUCCGAGGUCAAAUAUGAAUAUUGUGAAAUUGGAUGUGAAUAUGGAGGAUACAAAUUUAAGGAUGAGCGAUUUUAACGAGUUAAAUGAUUAUUCAUCAAAGAUGAUGAAUAAUCUCCAGAAGAUCGAAGAUGAUAUAAAGGUACUUCGUUCUAGUAGGGAGAGAUCAAAUGCUAUGUUAUGUGCAUAUCUUCUCAUUGCCAAUUCGAAUUAUAGUGGUAUAGAACAA